AUGUCCUCUGCUCCAGCCUCCAGGUCCCGGCACCAUCCCCAGGGCACACCGGGGCCGGCGUGGCUCUGUCUCCUGCUCCUGCUGACUGCCUGCCUGCCCGCGGCCGGCACCAACCCAGGCAUCAAGGCCCGGCUGACCCGGAGGGCGCUGGAAUUCGGCCGGCAGCUUGGGCUGGAGCUGCUGCAGUCGCGGCUGCAGAAGGAACAUGAGCUGAACCUGAACGGCUCCUACCACAGCCCACUUCUGGGGACACUCACCUACGCCGUGCCCCGGAUCCACAUCCACGAGCUGCAGAUAAACGACUCUGCCGUGGACUUCGCCGAGGACGUGGGGGUGAGGCUGACGGUGCAGCGCGCCCGCAUCCGGCUCGGUGCCGAGUGGGAAGCCCAGCUGGGCGCCUUCAAGGACAGGGGCUCCAUCGAGCUCCGCAUGAACGACCUGGCCGUGGUGGCGGUGCUGGGGGUGAGCGUGGAUGGCAGUGGCCGCCCCGUGGUGUGGAGCGCCGGCUGCGACGCCCGCGGCACCGACCUGCACAUGGAGUUUCACCGCGGACACAGCUGGCUCUACAACCUGCUGGCACCGCUGGCCCAGAGAGUCCUGCGGCAGGAGCUGAACAAGCAGCUCUGCCUUGAGCUCCGCAGGGGCGUCUACAGGCUGGAGGCUGCCCUGAAGCACACGGGAGUCUCCACCCAGCUGGACUCCUUCGCCGCCAUCGACCACUCCCUGCUGGGGCCACCGGCCAUCACGGCGGAGCACGGGGACGUCGCCCUCAAGGGGGAGUUCUUCAGGGUGGGCAAGUGCCAGCAGAGACCCUGUCCGGCGCUGCCCGUGGCGCUGCCCGUGGCAUUGCCUGCAGCUCUGCCCACGGCACUGCCCGCGGCACACGAGCCCAUGCUGCUGCUGGCCGUCACCGAGUUCGUUGCCAACUCGGCCGCCUUCGCGUACUUCACGGCCGGGGCCCUGCGCAGGAACAUCUCCAGCAACAUGCUCCCGCAGCGGUUCCCGCUCCAGCUGAGGACCAAGAGCCUGGGGGUCUUCUCCCCUCAGCUGCAGGAGCGCUACCCAGACCAGCCCAUGGAGCUGCACCUCUCGGCCCGCCGGCAGCCCUUGCUCUCCUGCCACCCCGACGCCCUGCACGGGGCCCUCUUCAGCUCCGCCGAGGCCUUCGUGGUGCUGCCCAAUGCCACCCGCGUCCCCGCUUUUCCCGCUUUUCUGCUGAACAUGGACGCCAACGUGACGGGGAAGCCGACCAUCACGGGGAACAGGCUCGGGGGCACCGUGAGCCUGACGGGGCUCAGCGUGGCGCAGGUGACGUCGCAUGUGGGCCCGGUGGAGGUGAAGAGGCUGGAGACCCUGCUGAAGUUUGGGCUGUGGCUUUUCGGGGUGCCCUGGGCAAACAGGGAGCGGGCGUGGGGAGGGACGCGCGCUGCCCCGCAGCAAUCUACAUUCAGAGGAGGAGGAAGAGGAGGAGGAUCCCUUCAAAGUGGGCACGGCCCUGAGCCUGACACACCAUCCUCGCCCCAGACCGGCCUCGGCUCCCAGCAGCUGACGGCCAGGGAGAAAGGGGCUUGGGGGCUGACGGGAGGGCAGAGCUCGUAG